AUGGAUCAUUCUAUUGGACCCGAUGGAAAACCGUGCAAGGCAUGUAUCAGCGUUGAAGAUAUGAUGAAAAAGGGCAAAGAGAUGGCGGAAAAGCUGAAAAAUCAGGCGCCAAGCACCUCCAGCGAAAGAAAACACGAAUGUCCGGUGGAUAAAGAUGAAUUGGGCAGAUCCACGUGGAAUUUGCUGCAUACGAUGUCGGUCUAUUAUCCGGAGAAGCCGAGUGAGGAGCAGAAAAAUAAGGCGAAGAGUUUUAUGAAUUUAUUGGGACAGGUGAGGGUUUUUGGGUGGAAAAAACUAAAAAUGAUGCAAUUUUCCAGCUCUACCCCUGCGAUUUCUGUGCGAAAGAUCUACGAAAAGAUCUCAUCGAAUCACCGCCUUCAGUUUCAUCACGUGAAAACUUCGCCGAAUGGAUGUGUCAACUUCACAACAAGGUCAACAAAAAAACCGGAAAACCCGAAUUUGAUUGCAAAAAUGUGAUGGAAAGAUGGAGAGAUGGUUGGAAGGAUGGAAGUUGUGAUUAUUAG